AUGAAUGCUUCUGGUGUAGGGAUUGGGGCAGUGUUAAUGCAAGACAAGAAGCCGUGUGCAUUCUUUAGUGAGAAGUUGGGAGGUGCAACCUUGAAUUACCCCACUUAUGACAAGGAAUUGUAUGCACUUGUGAGAGCAUUGGAGACAUGGCAGCAUUAUCUACGUCCAAGGGAGUUCGUGAUCCAUACUGACCACAAAUUCUUGAAAUUCCUCAAAGGGCAGCCGAAAUUAAACGAAAGGCACACCAAGUGGGUAAGUUUCAUUGACACAUUCUCCUAUGUUAUUAAGUAUAAGAUUGGUAAAAUGAAUGUUGUAGCCGAUGCCUUGUCUCAUAGACAUUCCUUACUAGUUUGUCUUGAUGCUAAACUACUUGGUUUUGCGAUGUUAAAGGAGUUUUAUGCAAAUGAUGUUGAUUUCAGUGAAGUGUUGACUUUUGCCUACCCGAACCAUGUUGUGCUAGCUUUGGACGACGAGCAUCGUCAGUUGGUAAAUGUUAACUUAGACUUACAGGCAGAGGUGGAUGAGUUGAGGCAGAUGGUUAGUGCUCAGGGAGAGCGGAUUGUGGAGCUUGAGAAGGUUCUGGAGGGCGAGGUGGCUACAGCUGCAGUUGUUCUUGAGGAGCUCCCAAGUACUAGGGCUCGACUUACUAGAUUAGGUAAGGAGGUCCGUGAUCGGGCUUUUAGGAACCUGGCUGAUGCCACUGAGAUGAUAGAGGGGGUGUCGGAUAUUGUCCAGAGCUCUGAUCAGGAGGAGGAUUAG